CCACCACCACGCACUCGCCAACGCCAACGCCAACCCCACGUCUUGGCUCGCCGCCGGCGAAAGAAGCAGCAGCAAUGCCGGCCCUGGAGGAGGAGCCGCGGCCGCAGCCGCACUUCCUCGUGGUCACGUACCCGGCGCAGGGCCACAUCAACCCGGCGCGCCACCUCGCGCAGCGCCUCGCGCGCGCCACGGGGGCGCGCGUCACCUUCUCCACCGCCGUCUCCGCCUGCCGCAAGAUGUUCGGCGCCGGUGCGGCGGAGGCCGGUCAGGAGUUCGUCGACGGCGCCGGCGUCUGCCACGUGCCUUACUCGGACGGCUACGACGACGGGUUCGACCAGAGGGUGCACGACAGCGCCACGUACAUGGCGCGGACCAGGGUCGUCGGCGCGCGCACGCUCGCCGCCGUCGUCCGGGGGUUCCGCGCCGCCGGCCGCCCCGUCACCCGCAUCGUCUACACGAUGCUGCUCACGUGGGUCGCCGACGUCGCCCGCGACAACGGCGUGCCCGCCGCGCUCUACUGGAUCCAGCCGGCCGCUGCGCUCGCUGCCUACUUGCACUACUUCCGCGGCACCGACGGCGUCGACAAGGCCAUCGCCGCCGCCGCGGUGGCGGGCGACCCGUUGGCGUCCGUGCUCGUCCCGGGGCUCCCGCCGCUCCGGCUCCUCGACCUCCCGUCGUUCCUCACCGUCUCCUCCGACGACCCCUUCGCCUUCGUGCUCGACACGUUCCGCAGCGUCGUCGACGUGCUCAACCGCGACGACGACAGCCCCACCGUGCUGGCCAACACGUCCGACGCCAUGGAGCCCGAGGCGGUGGCGUCGCUGCGGCAGCACGGCGUCGACAUCGUCCCCGUCGGGCCGGUGCUCUCUUUCCUCGAUGCCGCCGGCGCCGGCGUCGCCAAGAACGGCACCGCAGCGUCGUGCAACGACCUGUUCAAGCAGGACGACACGGGAUACCUCGAGUGGCUCGACGCGCAGCCGGCUGGCUCGGUGGUGUACAUCUCCUUCGGGAGCAUGUCGACGAUGAGCCGGCGGCAGAUCGCCGAGGUGUCUCGCGGCAUGGCGGAGUGCGGCCGGCGGUUCCUGUGGGUGUUGAGGAAGGACAGCCGCGGCGAGGACGACGACGACGACGUUGCCGCCGCCGCCGGCGAGCGCGGCGUGGUGGUGGAGUGGUGCGACCAGGUGAAGGUGCUGUCCCACCCGGCGGUGGGGUGCUUCGUCACCCACUGCGGCUGGAACUCGACGCUGGAGGCCGUGGCCUGCGGCGUGCCGGCGGUGUGCGUGCCGCAGUGGUCGGACCAGACCACCUGCGCCUGGCUCGUCGAGCAGCUCGGCGCCGGCGUCAGGGCCACCGUGAGCGGGGAGUACGACGGGGUGCCGGCGGCCGGCGAGCUGGUGAGGUGCAUCGACGUCGCCACGUCGGAGGCGGUGCGCGCCAAGGCGGCGGCGUGGAAGGAGAAGGCGCGGGCGGCGGCGGCCGUGGGCGGCUCGUCGGAGAAGAGCCUAAGGGAGUUCGUCGGGAAGGCUCGGGCCAACUAGAUGAAAUUAUUAUAAAUUCAUAAUGAAUUUAUUUGAAAUGUUGCUCAAACUAAUGUAAACUGGUAUUGCAUCGGUUUCACAUUAUACGUGAAUCCAAGUAUGAAUUUAGGUAGUAGGAUAAAACUUAUGUGGGAGGAGUAGAUGAAUUUCCUACAUGUUUAUGCAAAUAUAUGCUUAUGGCAUAUUUGUAUCA